AUGUUAGCAUCUUUAAAAAAAGCUUUAAAAUGGAAUACAUCCAAAUCACUGGAAAACAAAAACACUCAGACAUCACUUUUACUGGCAGGAUUUCUUGGUUUACUUGAAAAUGUUUUAUUUUGGAAGAGAAUGUGGAUGUCUUUAUUAUUUAUUUUUCUCCUGAAUAUUAUAUUUCUUGUAAGUGUUCAUCAGCAAGUCAACCUUUUAGAAUUCAUUUCAAUUUCAUGCACGGCAAUAGUAAGCAUUGAUGCAUUUGAAAGCUGGCUUAAAUAUAAACACAGAACUGGAUGUUUAAAAAAGUUGUCUGGCCAUGGAGAUCAAAUAACUUCGGUGAUGUUACAAUUCAAACUAUGGCUCAAGAAUAGAUGGAAUGAAUUCUUGUAUUUAAGAGAAACAAAUCAUACUAAAGCUUUCCUUUUAAUCAACAUAUUCCUGAUUAUAACUUUUCUCACUGGAAAAUACAUUAGCGGCUAUAUACUAAUAUACAUCUUGUUAAUGUCUAUAUGUCUAUUUUAUAAAGUAAUAUUACCUAUUAUUAAAAUUUGCAAGAAUAUGAGACAAGACUUUGAAUCUGACUUUGAAUUGGAAGGUCUUAUUCCAGAAGCGUCUGAAGUUGACAUUAAACUGUUAUCUAUUGAACCUGAUCCAGUUCCAGUAAUGGAUGAAAGACAAAUUUAUGAUUACUGGAAACCAGAAGAUGUGCCAUUGGCAGAAUGCAGUGACAGUUCUGAGAACAGCAGCUCAUUAGUUACAAAUUUUUCUAUGGAGAAAAUGCAAACUCUGGAUAAAGAUGUUGAUUCUUCCGACACCAGUGAAGAUGACUACAUUCCUUUAGACCAGCUGAAACAAAAACAAAAGGUGAAAUCUACAUUAGAAGUAGUAGAACCAACCAGCACAUGGAGCUCUACUGCCUACAACACAUUUUGGAACAUUACUGGAGCUGUGGCAAAUAUGAUACAACCAGAAUCUAGCACAACUAAAAGGAAUCGACUCUCAAGUAUAGAUUCUUCUGAUGGUUUUGAGAUGAUCGACAAAAAUGACUUAUCUUAA